AUGUGCUUUAUGUUGACUAUGAUGGCGGUAUUAUCGGAAAGUCAGUGUCAGACGCCUACCAACAAUUACGAGGAGCUGGAUUCCCAACCUUGCUGUCGGAACCUUCCGACAAAUAUCCCCAACCAGAGGAUAUUCGAGAAGCCGUAUGCCGCGGUGACUACUGGGGGGGCCAUUUAUACCACCGAGGAUGGAUCCGUUGGAUUGGCGUCGGCGCUGGCAAAUGCGUCCAGCCCGCCAAACUCGCUCACGUAUAUCUGGAACGGGGUGAGAUACCCGGUUUUCUCGCAGUCCGCGGUGUACUCCAACAUGUUGAAACUGAUCGAAACCACACGGUCAACAUACUACGCCAACAAUGGGACUUCGGUGGCCGCGUCCGCCGACCUCUCUAAUCCAGCCACCCUCCAAGCGUUCCUAAACCCCAUCCACGCCGAAGAAAUCAACAUCAAGCACACGGAACAAGGUACAAGGGUCUUUUACAACACAGUAUCCAUGGUGAUGCCUCUCAUCCAACAGUUCUUUUUCAUGUUGGCCCUGAACGGAAUAUCAACCAAUUUCGACGCAUUCACCAAAUUGUCCUGGAAAACCAACGGCCUGAUUCGCGUCAUAGCCUCCAUCCUCUACACCUUCACUGGCUCACUGUUGAUGACGGGCUAUAUCUGGGCGUUCAGAGAAUCUUGGGGACAACAAGGAAGUCAGUUUGUGCUGACUUGGAUCACUAUGUGGCUUCUGAUGCACAUCAAUUUCCUGUUUUUCGACAUCACGACUGCUUUCGUCCCGAUUCAGUUCAUGUCGUUUAUUGUCUUGACAUGGGUCAUAAUCAAUGUUGCCAGCACCAUCGCCCCAUUUGAGCUGAGUCCUGGGUUCUUCCGUUGGGGUUACGCCCUUCCCUCCCAUGAGGCAUACGAGGUCCUGAUCCAGAUCUGGUCGGGUGGCUGCAAUAAUCGGCUGUACCGUGCACUCCCUAUAAUGUUCUCAUGGUGGAUUGUUGGUGUCCUCGUUGCAGUGUAUGCGAUGCAAUAUCGUUGCAAAACUGCUGUUGCUGCACAGGAAGCCUUGGAUCGCGCAGGCUUGGAAACCCAGUCUGAAAAAUAUGCGACAACGAAUGAGGCGGCGAUGCCAGUUGGUAGCUCGCGUCGCGAAUUUGAUCAAAAUGGGGACUCAGCCGAGGCAAUUCCUCGUCAUAUUGCCUGA